AUGCUUCUGGCGGACUCGGGGGUUCUUCCCAGCCAUGUCACGGAUCGGAGAUUUGAUGCCGAGGGAGCGUCUGUCAAUUCAACAAGUCACUCAAGGAAGGCUGAUGGGGAUUCUGCGAAUGUGAGUGGUACACCACAUGACACUGCCAAACAUUGCCACGAUGAAGAGUUGGGAAACAUAGGAGGACAACUUUGCAAGAAUGAUGGCCACUCCUUCAAGGAGAGCUGCAGUAUCACAAAUUCUGAAGUCCUCACCAGAGUGAAAUGGUCAGAAGAGGAAGAUAAGGUGCUCGCUCAAAUGAUCAACAAACAUGGGCUGAAAAACUGGCAAACGGUCGCACAUGCUAUACCUGGUCGAAGUGCACCGCAAUGCCGACAAAGGUGGAGAUACAAAAUAGACUCUGCAAUAAACAAGGAGGCGUGGUCGGAACAAGAGGAGUUGAGACUGAUUCGUGCUCAUCAAAUCUAUGGAACUAAAUGGCGUGAAAUGGUCAAACAUUUUCCUGGGAGGACGAAUGGUGCAAUCAAAGAAUACUGGAGGGGUCCUAUGAAAAGAAAAUUGAAUUCAUAUUUAUCGUCAGGUUUGCUUGAACAAUUUCCAGACAUUCUGGAAAACCUGUCAGGCACACAGAAUAAGAGUUUGGAUAUUCUGAAGGGGACUAAAGUUUCUGAUAUUCUGAAUGACACGGAAGGUUCGUCUGAGAGAAAUGAAAUGUCGUCAGCUGUACCAAGAAUUUCCAUAUCUGAAGUAGGCUUCACAGAAGUAGGUGAAAAUGCUGAUGUACUAGGGGGAGAAAGUGCAGAUUUCAUGUAUGCUAGAGUGGCAUCAGCCAAAGCCCCUGAAAACAUAAUCGCAAGAUCUGAGCAGCAUGCGAAAACCAGGAGGAAGUUGGAUUUAUUGUCAAGCCCAGUGGAACUCAAGUCAUCCAGUUAUGAAGUAAAUUCUCAAAGGCCUCUACAGCAAAGGGAACAAAUGAGUCCAGCUGUUGGUGGUGUCUCUCCAUCAAAUGGAUGCCAUGAUGUUUUGCCAAAAAUCCUAUCAGAAUGUGCAAAGCCGGUUUUAUCACCAACUGGUAGCUACCAACCGAGUGAUGUUCAUUCUGCGGGAACCUCAGAUCCAUGUUCAUUAGAGUUGGACAUAUCAGAUCUUAUGGAAAUGUCAUACUUUGAUAACUUGUUGAUCUUUCCUCCUGGUUCUCCACAUGAUGGUAACUCAAUAUAA